AUGGGUAUCGAUUUGAAAGCCGGGGGUAAGUCCAAGAAGACCAAACGAACAGCACCAAAAUCCAAUGAUAUCUAUCUCAAGCUUCUCGUCAAGCUUUACCGUUUCCUUGUUCGGAGGGCUCCCGGUAAUUUCAAUGCGGUUAUCCUUAAACGUCUUUUCAUGAGCAAAGUCAAUAGGCCACCGCUAUCUCUCUCUAGGUUGAUUCGCUUCAUGAAGGGAAAGGAGGGUAAGAUUGCUGUAGUUGUGGGGGCUGUGACCGAUGAUAUUCGUGUUUAUGACGUGCCUGCAAUGAAGGUAACUGCUUUAAGGUUCACAGAAACUGCCAGAGCUAGAAUUGUGAAGGCUGGUGGGGAGUGCCUUACUUUUGAUCAGCUGGCUAUUGAAGCUCCUCUAGGCCAGAACACGGUUCUUCUUAGAGGUCCCAAAAAUGCCCGUGAGGCUGUCAAGCAUUUUGGAAGAGCUCCUGGUGUGCCACACAGCCACACCAAGCCCUAUGUCCGUUCUAAAGGACGCAAGUUCGAGAAAGCCAGAGGUAAGAGGAAGAGCAGAGGCUUUAGAGUUUAA